AUGCGCUCCGCGGUGCGCUCUGCGUCGAGCGGCGGAGCGGACAGCGGAGCGGCAGCACAGCCCGGCACGGCACGGCACGGCACGGCACACGGCACCAUGGCUGCACCCGGCAACACCUACGAUGUCAUCGUGAUCGGAGGAGGCAUAUCAGGUUUGAGCGCAGCGAAGCUCCUCCAGGAAAGCGGCCUGAGUCCCGUGGUGUUGGAGGCGAGGGAUCGGGUCGGCGGGCGCACCUUCACCGUGCGGAAUAAGGAGACCAAGUGGGUCGACCUCGGUGGAGCGUACGUCGGACCGACCCAGAACCGCAUCCUCAGACUGGCUGCAGAGUACGGCAUCAAGACCUACAAAGUCAACGAGAAGGAGAACCUGGUGCACUACACCAAUGGCAAGUCGUACCCGUUCAAAGGCUCCUUCCCCCCCAUGUGGAACCCCAUCAUCAUGCUGGACUUCAACAACCUGUUCAGGACGAUGGACGAGAUGGGAGAGGAGAUCCCCAAGGAGGCUCCGUGGAGAGCGCCGCACGCCGAGGAGUGGGACAAGAUGUCCAUGCAGCAGCUGGUGGACAAGAUCUGCUGGACCAGCACCGUCCGCCGCUUCGCCACGCUGUUCGUCAACGUGAACGUGACCUCUGAACCCCACGAGGUGUCGGCCCUGUGGUUCCUCUGGUACGUGAAGCAGUGCGGCGGAACCAUGAGGAUCUUCUCCACCGAUAACGGAGGCCAGGAGAGGAAGUUUGUGGGCGGCUCCAGCCAGAUCAGCGAGUGCAUGGCCCAAGAGCUGGGCGAGCGCGUCAAGCUGCAGUCCCCGGUCUACCGGAUCGACCAGAGCGGAGACAUGGUGGUGGUGGAGACGCUGGACAAGCAGACCUACAUGGCCCGUUAUGUGAUCGUAGCCACUCCCCCCGGCCUGAACCUGAAGAUGCAUUUCACCCCCGAGCUGCCGCCGCUCAGGAACCAGCUGAUCCACCGCGUCCCCAUGGGCUCCGUCAUCAAGUGCAUGGUCUACUACCGAGAGAACUUCUGGAGGAAGAAGGGUUUCUGCGGCACGAUGGUGAUCGAGGAGGAAGGCGCUCCGAUCGGCCUGACGCUGGACGACACAAAGCCUGAUGGGACAGUUCCUGCCAUCAUGGGGUUCAUCCUCUCGCGGAAGUGCAGGAAGCUGGUCAGCUUGACCAAAGAAGAAAGGCUGAAGAGGAUCUGCGACAUCUACUCCAGAGUGCUGGGCUCCGAGGAAGCCCUGCAUCCGGUGCACUACGAGGAGAAGAACUGGUGCGAGGAGGAGUAUUCUGGAGGAUGCUACACAGCUUAUUUCCCCCCGGGAAUCCUCACGCAGUACGGCAGAGUGCUCAGGGAGCCGGUGGGCCGCUUGUACUUCGCCGGCACCGAGACGGCCACCGAGUGGAGCGGCUACAUGGAGGGCGCCGUCCAGGCGGGAGAGCGAGCGGCCCGGGAGAUCAUGUGUGCCAUGGGUAAAAUCCACCAGAGCCAGGUUUGGCAGGACGAGCCGGAGUCUCAGGAAGUCAUUGCCCGUCCGUUCCACACCUCUUUCUUUGAGCGGCGUUCUCCUUCGGUCGGCGGUCUGCUGAGGUUCAUCGGGUUCUCCACCGUCCUGUCGGCGGCGGCGGCGGCCGGCCUGGUGGCGUACAGGAAGGGCCUGAUUCCACGGAGCUAAACCUCCCGCCCCGCCCGGCCCUCUCCUCGGCAUCCAACACACCUCGGUGCUGUCCGUACCCGACCACUGCACGUCCUCACGGCCGCGGCGCUGCCGGCCGCACGGGACACGGCCAUGCCGUUAGACUGUUGAUCUCCAGUAAACACACUCUCACACACACACACACACACACACACCGUCACUCUGCAGCGUCCGUUCAGAAAGAAGAGAAAACGGUGAAGAGAUGGGCGGCCAUUUUUAAUCCACCGUAAACGAACCAGCAGAACAUCGGAAAAACAACAAAUCUGUCACUAAUACUGCUCCACACAUUGCCAACGAUGUUUCUGGACUGUGUGCAUGUGUGUGCGUGCGUAGCUCUGUGUGUUAGAGUGUGUGUGUGUGUGUGUGGUUGUGUCUCCACUGUGUCUAAUUACCUCUACUGAUUGUCGGUGCUGAUUCUCGCCGGCCAGGCAGCUGCAGCUGCUUGAUGAGAUCCGGUCGAGCUCGGAGUCGCUGCCCAGUUUCUCAAUCACAGACCAGGUUUCCGGAUAAGACUGCUUCCCUUUUCUUUUCUUUUCUUUUCCUUUUUCAAUUUUCAACAAAUCCAACGAAAAGCAGCAGUGAAACAGUUCCUCGUUUUGUGUCGGUGUGUAACUGGGAAAUGGGAAAAUCGCACUUUUAACUGAGAAAAAAAUCGAUCUUGAAAUGAUUAUUUUCUAGAUUUAUUCGGGUUUGUUGAUCGUUAAAGAUUAUUCCAGUCUUAUUCUGUGAGCCUGCCUUCGGGGCGUAUUGUAGUCGUGUUAUUCUAAUCUGUGCAGUUAUUGUUGGUAACAAAUGAAUGUAACUUCUCCACCGCUCUGUUGAUAUCGGUAUGGUUAAUCACUCAUACUGACCUGUAUAUAUUCAACCUGGUCACUGGGGAUUUACAUUAACAGGAAAGAGCUGCACUAAACAAUUCUUUCUUCGUUACCUGCUCUGGUGUUUGUCGUACGGUGUGUGACCCAUGACUGCAUUAGCUCCACUUUUAUUGCUGCACUAAUCGGAUGCUUUACUGUGUUAUUGACUUGUAGAGACGUUUAAUGAGUGUCAAUCACGCAGGAUGGAGCUGAUGUAUUUCAAUAAAUGCUUCGGGGGGAAAACCGCGAAUUGCCGAAAUAUUCUGGGAGAGAUUAGACGCACGACUUCCUGCUAGAAAUCACAGCAGUGAACAGUAGCUGCUGGUGCGAACACUUGAACGGCACUUCACGCUGAUGAGCUGCACUUUGAGGUUAGCAGGAACUUCGUGUGUGUGUGUGUGUGUGUGUUUGUGUGUGUGUGUGUUUGUGUGUGUGUGUGUGUGCGUGCGUGCGUGUGUCUUUGUGUGUGAUGAGAUUUUGAAGAGGGCAGAUGCGAAGGCAGAAGCUUGUUGAUGCAGAUGCUUCUGUAGCAUCAGUGAGGAGGAGCCGUUCUGUGGGAAUAAAUAAGAUAGCAUCAUAUUGUGUGUGUGUGUGUGUGUGUGUGUGUGUGUGUGUGUGUGUGUGUGUAAGAGGACCCGUAAAUGUCUGUUUUUCGACUCCUCCUGGGUUUAUCUGAGUCUUCUGGGGUUUUUCCUCGUCCUGGAUCGUGAUGUUUGGAGCCACAGUGUCGCUGCGAAGCUGAAGAGACAAAACAAAGAUGAAAAGAUGAGUGUGUGUGUCUGCGGCUCUGCAGCAGGGGUGUCAAACUCCUCAGCGGCGCGAUUUGACAGGUAAAAUAGAGCCAUAUUAACCUUUCAAUUGAAACUCUGAAGUGUUUCUCUGUUGUGGCGCAGAGUAUAUGUUCAGAAAAAAUCUAUUUUUCCAAAUCUGAACUUUUCACUUCGAAAAUGACUCCAGUCUCAACGCACAGUCGAGUUUAAUGAUGCAAGUUUUCAUGGCAGCAUCAGUGAAACCUCUAGUCGGGCCUCAGUGUUGUGUUGCUGUGUUGCUCCGUCGUGUCCUGCUUAUGUUCGGUGAGCAUGGAGCGCAGAGGAAACCCCAGAAAACCCCGUCAGCAACCUGCAGAUGUUUUCAGGUCCUCAUGGGCAAAACCUCAAGUCUCCAUGGACAGAUCAACACAGCAUUGCAGACAUGCUGAUAUUACACACACACACACACACACACACACACGUUCUUGCUUCUGUCUAGGUCUCGUGUAGGAAUCAUGCUGUUCUCGUCCCAAACCGCUGUGUUCGUGUUGUUCAUCUGUCAUGCCUUAAUGGAAGUUGUGGUGUUUUGUUGUCAUUUCUCUCAAGUGCCUGUGUGAAUCUGAUGCUCUCUGCCACCCCCCCCCCCCCCCCCCCCCCCCCCCCCCAUGUCCCCCACAC